AGAUUUGGAGAGCUGCAUCGGUUCAUAAAGGAGUCAUUUUCAAUUUUACUUGAUUCGUGAUUUCGUCAAGGAGUUAAAAUAAGUACUAUCUAAGUACACCAGUUUUUUUGUGUUUUAGACUUAAAAUGAGCAGCAAAGAUUCCCUUCCGAAAAGUCCCACUGAUGAGGUAUCCUCACACAAUAUCUGUCUCCAGCAUCCAGCAACAGACAGCGGUUGUUUGCAGGGAUCAACAAGACCAGUAAAUUCGUGUAAUGAUGACAUCAGUCCCAGACCUUGUCCCAGGAGCAGUGUUAGUACCUCGGUAUAUAUCAGUGGAAAUCCAGAUUCCAACAGAGUUAUAUGUUCACAUACAAGUAGUUCCAACAGCUAUCCCGAUGAUGAUUGGAUGUGCACCUUAUGGGGCUAUAUAUUCUGCUGCAACGAAAUGACUCGAUACAAACGGACACAAAUCUUAUGGAUGUGGAUAUCAGUGUUGUCGAUUUUCAUUGGUUUGACCAUCGCAUUGGGCGUUUUCGGUAUAAAUAAAUUUGAUACAGCGCCAAAGGAUAUGCGUAUCAUCAAUCAUAAAUAUUCAACGAUUUUUUGUCACAGUUUGACUUUGCAUUCGGACGCCAGGUUCAGAGCUUAUCGAUUCACCGGAAACCUAAUAAUCGCACCCAAUAAACGAAAUACAUUUAACCAUGAAUAUACAAGAUUUGUGGAAAGCGGAGGAUACGUAUACUUUAAUUAUUAUGUACUAACUGGCUCUUACGUUAAUCUUGUCAGCUGUUCAGAUGAUUUUGUUCAAUUGUAUAUCAUCAAAGGGCAGGGAUAUUUUGAUCAAUGGAAAACUAACAAGAAUUGCUCCGAUUGUUACUUGGCUAUGAAACCCGUGAAUACGAAUGGCUGUUUCCUCCAUUACAACAAUUAUUCAUUAUCCAUUCAAGAAACCGAUACGUAUUAUUUCGUUUUUAUGAACCGUAAGGUUAGUACCUGGGUAACUGCUAACUUUCAUGUUAUUAGAACUGUUUAUGACUUGACCGGGACAACACGAAUAUGUAACAGUAAACUAGAAUGCCGUAUACCAAUUGAAUAUAAUACUGAUCAAAGAAUAAUGUAUCAUAUAUCACCAGAGUCUGUAUAUAGUGCAGUGGAUAUGUCUUCUAAAUGUGAAGCUCGAUUAUCGAUAUAUUUGACAAUAUUUGUUUUUGGAUCGGCACUCAUUGGACUGACCCUGACAUGGCUCAUAUAUAUUGUUUGUUCCGACCCUAAACGUGAGAGGAUACUUCCGGAAAGCGGUGAGAGUUUGAUUAUAAACCGACUACCUGACUCUAUGCUUGCAGAACGAACGCCAUUGUUUUGGAAAAAAAGAUAUGCUGAUCCACCGAAAUAUGAGGAUAUAUUUUACAAAUUAACAAGCUGUACUGCGCGUCCUCCGUCUUAUGAUGAAAUCGAUAAAGAUUAGGAAACAUGUUGACUGGAUGUUGUCUAACAAUAUCGGUAAAUAGAUUAUAGAAUUUAAACUGUUUAUAUUUAUCUAAAGCCCUUUGUCAACAUUGGGGACAUCAACCAAUGUGUUGGUUUGUUGAAUACAUCAAGUUGAAUAUGCAAACAGCAUUGGAUCGUAUCAAGAAAUUAUGGUACGAUAUCUCCGACAACAAUCGUUGUAGUGGUAGCGGAUAGUAUCAGAUCACACUCAAAUAUAUCAAGCCUAAAUAAAACCUUCAACUCCGCCUAUAAGUUACAUAGAACGUAGACUGCACCACUGCGUUAUGGCCACAGAUCACUAAAGAUUUCCCCAUUGACUCCAAUGUUAAUUCUCGUAUCUUAGACCGGCUCUAACUUUUUCCCAAAUUUUCGUUGGGUAGAACGCUUUCUACCACAGAUGGAGCAACAUGUGGCAACCACUUGCCCAAAAGCACGUAUGAGGUUCUUCAUGAAAAACUUGAGAUACACAAGCUGGAAGUAGAGACAAGUAAACAUGCAAUUUCAGGCCCUACAUUUCAACCUAACCAACCUCUCAACUCUUGUAUCCUUCCGCAUCAAAAUUAUGAAUAUUCACCAAAACCUGGCAGAAAAUGUAUUUUCAAACCCUUUUCUUCGAUUCUACACCAAAAAGUCAACAAAAAUCGCCAUGCAAAAGGGGGAAAAGGGAGAAGAAGACUAAAAAUAGCUUUGGCGUAGGAAUAUUUGGUGAUCUGUGACGGCGUAGGAAUAUUUGGUGAUCUGUGUCCUUAUGUUUCCUUUUGCUUCUGAACCUCAGCGCGUCGUUUGAUACCAUAGAUCAGUGGGUGUCUUAGUGAAACGUCUAUACCUAUCAAACAGAUCUGGUAUAGUGGUUUGAAUCAUAUUUGACUGACCAUUCAUAGAAAGGAGUUAUUAAUAACUGUGCUUCAGAUUUGCUUACGUCUCCUGGACAACAUCUGAACGUUAAGAUAUAUUAAAAUUAAGCAGUACAGUAACACAUAUAUAUGGAAUAAAAGUUACGUAAAAGAUGUAUUUCUUGCGACGUUUUCUUAAAUAGUUUUACACUUUAUAAUUUAUAAUAUUUUAUAACUUAUUUUUAUAUUUCAUGGA